UCCAGGUUGAGAACGAUCCAUCUUCAAGUCGCGAUCAACCACAAUUGUCGAAACACCGAUACAUGGAAACACGAUCGUUUCAAUAGCUUCAGCAACACAAUGGCAGCAACAGACUAUGCCACUACGCUGGCGACUCUCCGCGCACAGCAGUCGGCGCAAUCGCUCUCCAUCCUCGCCUUAGCAGAACCCAUAACCGCGUCGCAAACACUACCACCUCAACUGCGAAAUACACAACCUCGGCCUGCAGAUAUCUCCUCGAACAAUGCGUCGGACUUCGAGUCCUCCCUACUCACGCCUGCUUCUCUGACUGUCGACCUAGCCCACUACAAGGAUCUCUUCUCCAAACUCCGCUUCAGCUACCUUGAGCAGGUGACGAAGGAGAAAUACCUACGGAGUAUAGUAGGCGACCCGCCACUGGUCGUCAGUCACGAUGACAACCUCGCUCUCGAACAGAAGCUCGCCGUGAUGAAGAUCGAUUUGAAGGCCAAGAAGACCGAAGUCGACGCGCUUGUGGUGGAGAUACAAGAGCAGGCGCGUGUCCUGGCCGCCAGAUACGAUGCAGUCAAUGAUGGCAUGCAAGUUCUUGAGACUGUACCUACGGAACUUGAACGGUUACAGGGAGAGAUCGAGGCCCUGAAGGCCGAAAUCAUGGAGAAAACAGGAACUGAGGAAGGUCACACCUCAAAUGAUCCGCGGAUGAAUAUGAGCCUGGAAGCGACAGAGAUGGCGCUAGCUGAACAACAGGCUGCCACGGCUGAGAUUGAUGCGCAGAUCGAGGCACUCCAGAGGCAAAUGCCAGGGAAGGUGAGGGAGGUUGAGAAGGUGGAUCGCGAACUAGCCGACCUAGAGAGGAGGAGGAACGAGAGCACCAGAUUGGCGAUGGACGGCAGGAGGAGAAGAGAGAUGGGUGGAAGGGAUGAAAUCGAGGAGCUGGGGAGAUGGUAUAGGUCCUCGGAGGCUGUGUUGAGAGGCUUGUUGGGUGUGGAAGGCUGAUCUGAGAUGUGAUGAGAGGACAGCGACCUCACGACUUUUACGACCUUUCACGAAACUUGGUAGCGCGGUUCGCUGUAGAAUAGCAUAAAACUGGUCUCGAGAGAACAAUG